AAGUUAGAAUCGAACGGUUAAUGGCUUAAAGCAACGCCCUUGAGACAAGCGUCUAUUUCUGACAAUGACGUUCUAUGUUCAUUGAAAAAUGUUGAUAUUUGAUGAUUGUAAGUGGUAACAUAUACAUCUAAUUAGAUCUUUGAUUUUAUUAAAAUGAUAACUGUGAGAUAUACAAGAAAUUUAUUUUUGAGGGUUCUAUGUAUUGUUUAUCUAUCGGCAUUUUUAUCAUUCUAUAUUCAAAUACCAGGUUUAUAUGGAGACAAUGGAAUACUGCCAGCUAGAUCCGUAUUGGAAAAUAGUAAACAUAAAACUUUAUCUGCAAAAGUUCAUUAUCAACCCACUUUAUUGUGGCUAGCACCAUUUCUUGGUCUCGAUACUAGUUAUGCUUUAGAUGUACUGGCAUUGCUAGGAGCCUUUUUGGCCUUUACUGGGAUAAUUUCGCAGAAAUUUUGUACAAUACCGCUUUUUGCUGGAUUGUGGUCGUUAUACUUUUCGCUCUACCAAAUUGGACAAAUAUUUGUAACAAACUUUGAUGAACUUCUUUUGGAAACGGGUUUUCUGGCAAUUUUUGUAGCUCCUUUGCUGCCAGGUCGCAGGAAAGGUUCAAAAGGUUGUUCCAAAGAUCUCAUAUCACUGUGGCUAAUCAAAUGGUUACUAUUUCGAAUUUUAUUCACAUCGGGUAUUAAAAAAUUCAUUCUUGGAGAUCCAUUAUGGUGGUCGUUAAAAGCUAUAAGUCGUGUUUACGAAGUACUUCCAUUGCCAACACCUCUGAGUUGGUAUGCAUAUGCUCUGCCUGAAUGGCAAUUGAAACUGACACAAGUAUUUACUAAUACAGCAGAAAUUUUGUUACCGUUUUUAUUUUUUGUACCUGUUAGAUGUGUCAGAAUAACUACAUUUUUCUUACAAUUAUUUUUGCAAAUUUGUAUUCUUUUAACUGGAAAUUUUGGAUUCGCGAAUUUAUUGGUAAUAACACUACAAAUAGCCCUUUUGGACGAUCAGUGCUUUUAUAAAAAGAAAAGUUCCAAUAAAUCAUCUAUAUUAGGUACAAUCGCCACAGUUGUGAUAUACGGAGCAAUAAUUUAUGGGGUUGUGGUUCUUUUCAAUUUGAAAAUUAAUGGUACACAAAUUGAUGCUACUGUUGCAUUUACUAGAGUCCAGUUUGAUAAAUAUAUAGGGCCAAUUAUUAUUUAUGCGGUUUACUUUGGAUUAGUGUCUUUAGCAACAACGGUUCUUUAUAGUUUGUCAAAUGUACUUUUCGAUAAUCAGGGUGGAAAUAAAGGAUUGGCUACCAUUUCGAUUCUAUUUUAUGCCGGAAUUGCUGUUCUCCUCUUCUUAUCGAGUACAGUACCUUUAGCAUCUUUACGUCCAGCGUCUAAUUCGACGGUAAAUCCCACAAUACGCAAUAUGUAUAAUCGUUUACACAAACUUCACGCUGUUAACGCCUACAGUAGCCCUUUUACAAAAUUCCCAGCUGGAAACGACCGUAACGAAAUUGUUUUCGAAGGCGCCGAUAGGGUUGACGGACCAUGGAAAGAAUACAACUUUUUGUAUAAACCUGGUAACCCCAAUUCAUCUUUACCGUUUCUCACUCCUCAUUCAGCUCAAAUAGAUUGGCAUAUGUCUUCAGCUGCUUACAGUAGUUACGAUUCACAACCGUGGUUAUUAUCCUUUGCCCACAGGAUUCUUAAUCAUAAUCCAGAAGUUCUUGUUCUUAUUGAUUUCAGAGAAUCGCCUUUUCGUCAAUCACCACCAAAGUAUCUUAGAGCUAUUUUGUACAAAUACAAAUAUACAGGUUGGAAUCAAAGGAACCAAAUACCUUGGUGGACACGCGAAAAGAUCGCCGAAUACUUGCCAGUAGUCAGCAAGGACUCUCCUUUCUUAUUAGACUUUUUAAAAGCAAGGAAUUUAUUACCGUUAACUUCGAAAGUUGACGUGAACCCAUUGUGGAAACAAAUUUUAGAUUUCAUCAGAUAUAUCAUCAAUCAUUUAGAAGCUACUUUAUUGUUUUGGUCGGUAUUGUCCGCAGGUUUUGCCAUUAUUUGUACGACAUCGUCGUCUGGUAAAAAAUAAGUUUCUUUUUUAGUUGUGGGUGCCUCCAGAUACAGAAUUAAAAUCUAAGUAAAACGGUAUAUCAAAUGUAUCCUCUCCGGUAGGUCAAAUGUAUUUUCUCGAUAAUGGGAUCACCUUGAGUAUUUGUUUCAAGACUGAUGUUAAAUGUUAUUCAAAUUUGGAAAAAAAAAUUUAUUGAAAAGAUUUUUUAGGGAUUAAACAGUUAUUAACAGAGUGGUAGCGACAUUUCUAAAUUAUUAAGUUAUUAGCUGCCUUGAAUUUCAAUAUUUUUAGAUAAACUGAUACCUAAAGGCAAUAAUAAUACAAAUCAGAUGAUCCAUUAUGAUAUCUUUACAUAUUUUGGUUAAUUCAAAGUAUGGUUUUAAAGAUGAAAGUUUCGACAUUUGCUUACAUUUUAGUUCUGUAUAUGCACCAUUUAAAAGGGAUUUUUGUGUGUAUUAGAAUCUUGUAGAAUCUAUUUGAACGUGAUUUGAAUGGAAUGAAAGAUCAAAUAUCUGAAGAGGUAUUGAGUAUUUUAAAAUUAUCUAAUUUUGAUUUUUUUACUUAUACUUGUAAAUAUACAUUUAUUAUACAAUAUUUUUAAUUUUAUAGUUUCUACAAUCAUUUUUCAGUACAAUUAAUUGUUUGUCUUAUACAUGUCUCAGCUUUUUCUUAUAUCUUGUCUACUUAAGUCAGUUUUUUAAUAUAAUUGUUCUUUUUACAAAAUCAAUAAAGUACUGCACGUAAAA